AUGUCGAACAUACCAACUAUAAGCUUACCACCACAGACUCCCCGAGGCAAAAGCUACAACGGAGUCAAUCCAAACAACAGCAUCAACAGACUCACGACACCGUCGCUUGCACUCGGUCUACAUUUCUCGCCGUCUUUUUCUUUCAACUCGCCUACUUCUUUUUCACCAAGGAAGUUUCUACAGUUGUCGCUGAAUCUGCACGCCAAAGUUGACAAAACGGGGAAAUUGACUCCCGUGGCGGCUAAGACGGAAGAUGUCAACUUUUUGGAGUCGCUUCACAAUGCUGCUGCCAGCAAGUCACCUAUUGCCACUCCUCGUCAAGAAAGUAAAGGCGAAGAAGUAGAAAAAGAAAUAGAGGUCGAAAAAGAGGGAGAAGAAGAAGAAGAACAAGAAGAAGAAGAAGAAGAAAACGGAAAAGUGGUGGAGGAAGAAGCAAAAGUGGAACCGGAAGAAGAAGAAGAAGAGGAGGAAGAGGAAGAGGAGGAUGUCUGGUCCACAAUAAAUACCACUCUGCAGAAUCACACCAACUUGACUUCAAUUUAUGAAGAUGAACACAAACAUGACACCGCUUCUUCACAGCAAGCAAAGGGCACCAAGUUUGACGAGUUCUUAACCCCCAGUAAGCUUUUCUUCACCAAGCCUCACGAUCAAAGUACAGCAUUGAAACUUGAAAAUUCAGCCCAGAUUUCCCCUAUGAAACAAGGAUUGAAACAUUCACCACCCGACGACGACAUUGAGAAUAGGAAAAGAAAACAUUGCGCCGUGGUUGAUACUCCAAAUAAUGCCGUUGCUUCUAAAAUUGACCGGGCAAUGGAGUCACCUUUGACGUUUAGGAAAAGCAGCGUUGCUAGCUCCACUAAUACUACUGCUAGUGCUGCCUCUGCUAGUGCUGCUAUUGCAGCCGCCGCCGCCGCGGCAGCGUUGAGCGAAGAUAAAGUGUGGAAUGCCGACUUGGAUGAUGUUCUCAUCAAGGCACUUUACAAGUACAGGAAGUUCAGAGAUGACCCCACAACAUCCAACAAUUCCGUGUUGAAAAAGACCUCGCAAAAUAAAGUCAUCUCCAGAAUGAUCUUUAACAAGACUGGCGUUCUUAGGACUGCAAAGCAGAUCUCUUCACGUAUUUUCAGAUUGAGCAGGUCUGGAAAAUUGAUCACAAGUAAUAACAAUGAUAAUAGGAGCAACAACAACAACGACAACAACAACAACAACAAGACGGCUGGAUCGUGUGGUGAAGUUGAUGAAUUCAUGCUCACGCCUUUAGAAGAGCUCAUUAACCAUCGACCAAUGGUGGAAUCGAUGCUUAGGGACUCCAUGCUUGAUAAGGAGUUGGAAUCCUUGUGGUCCAAUUCAUCCACGGAAGACAAUUUGGCCGAGAGAGCUGCUUUCAAGUUGAAUUUUGCCGACUUUAGAAUCCUGUACAGACAUAAUGAGCAGACUACCGUGUUUACGCGGUUCAAGAACACCGUUGACGAGGCUCCACUGGGCAUAUUACUGGAGAGAUUGGAUGACGAUAUGAUCCAGAAGUUGAAAAAGAAACACGCUCCCGUUUGGCUCGUUAGCCAUGACUUGAGCUUAAGCUUGCAUAAUCAUCACCGCCAUCAGCAUCAUAGUCAUAAUCAGCAUCACCAUCAUAACCACGUCGACAGUUCAACACCACUGUCGGCUAUUUCGCCAACCAAUUUGGCGCAAGCACUGAGCUAUUCGCAAGGUCAAUUUGAAUCGAUUAUGGCGAUCCACGCCAGGAACGAUAUGAUCGACCCCAAUUCAUUCAUCCAAUGGUACAGCUCAGUUGAGGUUUACAAGAAUGGGCAGAAAUUGUUUGGGCUUCAUGAUUGUAUCAACGGCUACUAUAACCAAGAAUGCAAAUCGUUCCAGUUGCAAAUACCAUUUAUCAAAAACUACUUUGCCGGCUUUUUCAACUAUUUGCAGAAUGGAGCAUCCAUCUCUCCCGAAGAAAAUGUGAAAGUUGUCCAAGUCAUUUACAGCAAUGACUUAGAUGGGGUUAGCAUGUUGGACUGGGACACUUCGCGUGUGCACGUUUGCUUGGUCCAUGAACUAAAUGUCAUGGGAACGCAAGGCACGACAGUCGUGAGCGUUGUUAACCCUCCACCUGGGGCCGACAGCAAGGAUGAUAUUGAAACCGUGGUUGCGUUUUCUUCUCCUUGCAAGUCUUCGAACUCGCCACCGCGCAAUUUGGAGACACCGCACAAGAAGUUGAGAAUAGACGUCAACUCUGCCAACCUCCAUGGCGGAAUUGCCACGGGUCCAAUGACGGCUCCCGUUUUCAACUCAAGCAUGAUCAAUCGAUCGGCUCAAGACAAUUUUGAAGAUUUUCAAAAAUUCAAGGCGCAGAAGCUCAUGGCGCAGGGCGCCCAUGGCGAAAUGAACCACCAGGCGCAAUACCAAUUUGAUCAUUCGAAAUCUUUGACCGAGUUAUCUCAGCAGGCGACACUUGAUCCCGCUGCUAAUAUGGUCCCAUCAUUCAACCCUCAACCUCCUCCACCUCCUCCUCAUCCGUUUUCAAGUAAUGCGUCACCACAUCUUCCCCUUAAUCCAUAUCAGCUUGCUCAACAACAACUUCAGGCACAGAUGCAAAUGCAGCUUCAAAUGCAAAUGCAACGAGAGCAACUAGGUCAAGGACUUCAAUCGCAACAGACGCAACAGACACAGCAGGCACAACAGGCGCAACAGCAGCAUUUCCAACAGCAAAACCCAUUCCAACAACAACAACAACAACAACAGCAACAGAAUCAGCAGCAUAUCCCCCAGCAACAACAGUUUCAACAGCAACAACCGCAGCAAGUACAACAACUACAACAACUAAAGCAACUACAACUACAACAGCAACAGCAACAGCAACAGCACCAACAUCCAGGGAUGCUGAUGCUGGUCCAAGGUUUUGCGCCUGGUUUCCCAUUCCCACCAUUUGACGGAACGCAAUUGCCUCCAAACGUUCAAAUGAUGAAUGAGCAGUUUAUCUUGCGACAGCAAAUGCUUCUUAGCCAGCAACAACAGCAACAGCAGCAACAACAACAAAAGCAACAGCAGGGUAUGGCUCUUCUGCAGCAGCCACCGCCAAUGCAAGUACCACAUACGGCUCCAGUGAGCAGGGCUCAAAGUUUCACCCACGUCCUUCCUCAGCAUCCAAAUCCAGCUAGUAGCCAGCCGACACCACAACAAACUGCAAACAAUUUGCAGCAACAUGUUUUCACCCCGCAACUGCAACGGCUGCAAUCAAGCCAACUGAGUCGGCAACCAUCUGCUAAGCCCAAAGAGCUCACUUUUUGUCCCAUCAUCGGAUACGAUCCUUCCAAGGACGUGAAAAAGAGCCAUAACAAAGCGAGUAAACCAGGCAACGGAAUACACAGUUUCCCCAUCCAGACGCCCGUGUUAUACAAACCGAAAAAAUAA